AAAUGUAAACCUGUUAGUUUUGGGUUAGACAACUAUUUAACUAUCUUAGAUUUUAUUAGAGAACAUAGAUAAUCGUCGGAGUUCGGUAAUAUCUUGUAGGAAAUUAAUCAGGCUUCAAUCUUUUUUUUUUUUUGGUAGGGAAUUAGGUCACUAGCUAAUUAGGCUUCAAUCCUCAGUUAAAAAUGAAGAAAAGAGGUAUCUUUUUUUUUGUUCACCAAGAAAAGAGGUAUCUUACCUUUUAGUAUUUGUUGAGGAGCAUGAGUUUAGUCAAAUAAUAUACAUAUAUAUAUAUAUGUGUGAUGGAACGCUCCAAUAAUAACAAAGAAUGAGGGAGUUUUUUUUUUGUCACCAACAUAAACAGAAUUAAGUAGACUCUGCAAAUCAAACUAGUAGUUCCGUAUCCAUAUGGAUAACAAUAGACAAUUGCUUUCGUGCACUACGUGCAAGAAUGUCCGUCCUUGAAUUAUGCGUCCGUGGUACAUGAAUGAGCUCUGAGCUAUAAAAACUUCUCUUCAAAACCUUUAUAUAUUCUAAAUAACUUGCAAAGACUGGUCAUUCUUCUGGUUUCGAAACCAUAUUCACCAAUUGUAAACAAUCUGUUGCAAAUAUAACAGUAAACUGUCUUAGAUUCUCCAUACACUUCAUUGCCCAAAUAAGCGAUUUCAUUUUUGAAUGAAGUGGCGACUGACUCGCUCUUGUUUUCCUCUCUCCCAUUAAACCAUCAAAACCUUCCAGUGUACUAUACCACCAUUGUCCCGAAUGUAAAUCUUGACUUUUCCAUGAUCCAUCCGUAAAACACCAUCGGCCUGGAAUAUCCGGUACUGUCGCUUGUACUGGUAAUCGAGUUUGCUUGAUUCCUUGUGUUAGUGAGAUCUGCGCCUCCUCCCAAGAAGGAAGGAACUAAGAAAGAAAAACUAAAAUUUUCGAUUAUUGUAUCUGAGUUACAUAUGUGUAUAUUAUUGAAUGUGGUAGAAAUUAUUUUUGGUUGAGUUAAAAUGUGUUUUAGUUCCAAAUUCACUAUUAUAAAAUACUCUAACAUAGUGUUUUAUCUGAGUUUUUUUUGGAUCAAAAACAACCUCAUUUACCUGCCCUGGAAACUCUCCCAACACGGAAAUAGCCUCAGGAGUGUAAUUGUUUACUGGGAUGUUUCUCAUGUGAACAGACGAGUAAAUGUUGCAGAUAAUCCUAAGGAGGCUUCUCCAUCCAUCUUUUUUUUUUUGAAUUAACCACAUUGUCCGGCGGUCGAGGUCAACCAAUUAUUAUGUGGGCCCAUGAGUGCAAUGUUAAAUUAUCUGGUGGCCAACAGAGAUCGAACUACAAGUUCACCGUAUUGGGGCUAUCUCUCAAGUGCCACUAGCUCAAAGUCCGGUGGUUAUGAAAUCAUAACCAACAUCCAUCUCUACAUAACGAUAUAUAACAAAUAGAAGUUAUGAAAUCCUCUAUUCAUGAUAUCCAACAAGUCAUGUUCAUGUUUAAAAAUAAAUUGAAACCUCUCCUUAGAUAGCGCCACUCGUUGACUAUCUCGUAGAGCUGCCAUUUUCUUGGCAUUCCGAGUAUCAAACCUGACAUCUUCUAGCAUUGUGGAUUCAGCAGACGCCCCAUCAACCUCAGCGAGCUAUGUUCCAUUUAGUAUAACUCCGGACGGUCUGGUAACACAAAUGGUUCAUCGUCUUUCUCCAGCCAGAGGUGAAGCAAAUGCUUUAUCCAGAUGAAACGACAUGACUACACUUCUGAAUCGUCAAGAUCAUGAGAAAUACCAUCGGAAAGUAAUUUGAAACGGCCAAAAUCACACAUGAUGGAAGCAAUUCGUCAAUGUUCACGAGAACAAUCCUUAGAAAGUGAUUGAAACCCAAGGAAAAAACAAUAAAAAACUAACUUAGUAGUUGAAAAUCUGUUUUUAGUCAGAAACUCCAAUAACUAAGAAAAAUUUUAGUUAUUGGAGAAAGAAGUCCAAAAGAAAUUAGAAUUUAUUUAUUACGAUUUAUUUUUAUUUACUAAUAAAAGAUAUAUUAAAAAUGUUAAAAAAAAAAAAAGCUUUUCAAUUUUUCUUGAUCAUUUUGAAACGGAAAAGAUUUUCUUUUAGCAAAAACUAUCAUAUGAUGUUCCAUAGUUCAAUCCAUAUAGAAAAAGCGAGUUCAGCAGUGAAAGUGGCAAAGAAUCUCCAAGAAUAAUCUUUGAUUUCAACGUUGUACGAUUGCAUCCAAAUUAAACCAUUUAAUUACGCGCUGCCUAUCUGCAUAUAUUUAUGCUAACAUACCUCACUAUACACUUAAACUAUUCUUAAGAACAUGAGCAAGUCAUGAAAGUGAUCCGAAACAAACUAUGGUAUCUCAUGAUUGACUUUGGUAUACGAUAAGAGCCGACCAUUUGUACGUGUUUUGGAUUGGUUCAAAAAUGACUUGUGGUAUCAUUUCAAGACAAAAGAUACUGAAUAGAGUGAACAUAUUUUCUUAAUACUAGUUUCGAAUCCUUCUCGUUUUGUAUUAAAACUACUGAAAAAAUACUCAUCUUUUACAAGUUUUCAGCAAAUAUAAUUCAGUAGACUAUAAUUCUUAAUAGUUUUGGCUAAAGCUUGAUUGGAUAAAUAAAGAAGAAAAUUUCCCCCCAAAAAUAUAUAAAGUAUUUAAGAAUGAAAUAUUUCUUAGAAGCAAAUAUUCUAUCCUAUAUAAAGCAAUGAAAGAAAUUGAUCGAUCAAAUUCCGAGUAAUAUUAACUCCAUAUAAAUGAAAAUAAUAUUUUUAGGUAACAGCAAAAAAUCCAUCCCAUGUUGUCGUUUACUUCACGUGUCAUGUAUGGACCCAUCCCUUCUCUUCUUAUUGGUUUUUAAUAGAUUCCAUAAUUAUCGAUCUAUCAAACCAUUAAUGGGCAUUGUGAUGUGUUAUAGAAUAUAUAUAUUGUGCGAGAAGUAACGCCCAUUACCUGUUGGAUUACUGGUUUGUUUCUUUUUUGUUUUUUUUCUUUUGCUAAAUAACAACUUUUCAUUCACUAAAGAUUAUUAGGAAGCUUUUGGUCUCAGUAGAUUUUCAACCAUAGAGACAAUGAAAUGAUCUAGUAACACUUAGGAAUACGUUUAUAGAUCAGACGUUACCCAAUAAAUUUCAUUGUACACUUUUUAUUACUACGGGACAAGUUCAUUCAUCCCAACACAGAAAAUGAACCAUCCCUUAUACCACCUAGUUACAAGAAACCUUAUCUAAACUAUUAAUUACAAAGACCGAAUUGAGCUAAUUUUCCAGACCAUAGCUGUGAUCUCCACAUAAUCGGAUUGAAACUCAUGGAUCAACUGACUCGAUCGACAUCAAAACGCAUAUUCGUCGAUCCGCCUCUUCAUUAACAAGACCAAGGUCUCUGAACCUUAAAACCACAUAGUUACAAAAAAAGACUCAGCUUGAACCUAUAGAACUAAAGGACCGGAUCAAUCCGAACUCUUCCAGCCCAUGGCUGUGAUCCCCUUUAGGGUUUCCAGAUCAGAUCUCGCUUUAAUAGUUCGUUUCUUUGAGAGCUCUAAUAGGAAGUUUGCAAGAAUAUAUCCUUUGUGUAGAUGUUAACUAAUAAAUCCGAUUUAUAAGUUACUAAUUCGAUCUGUUAAUGCUUCAUAUAAAUAAAAAAAUAAACAAAAUUCGUAAUCUUAUAAAAUUACUCUAUAAGUACGGUUUGAUAAGAAAAUAAUUGAUCAUUUUAGUCAUGUUCUAACGGGAUUUUCCGUAUGAUGAAGUCGUUAUAUCUAAACAAUUUAUAUCAAUUCAAUCUUCUAACGUUAUAAAUUUUGUAAAAUUACAUUAUUUAUCAUAUUUACUUUCAGAAAUGUAUCCGUUCCGUGGUAUCAAAUAUUUUAAUAUAUCUUAAGUUAUAUUGUUCUAAACGUACGAAACAAUUCUUCGUGUCAUAAAUAAAAGGUUUAAACUUUAUACAGUAUAUUUUUUUCCUAACCUCGCGUUAAACCUUAAUUUAUUUAAAAAGGACAAGAUGAAGCUUUUUUUUUCGUGGCUUCUUAUGAUAAUAAUGGAUUUUUAUAUACAACUGUCUUGGGACGUGGCUGGAAAAGCUAAUUUCGUCUUAGAUAUCUAUUUUGGAUCAUUAAAUUAUUACAUAAUCAAGCCUAUUAAGAAAGUUUUUUUUUGGUAAAAGCUUAUUAAGAAAGUUAGUAGUUAUUUGUUGGCAAAAAGUUCAUUUCUGGCCAUGGAAAAAAACAAUAUUAUAGAUUAGCAAGUUUUUACGAAAAAAACAGAACAUUGAGAAAAUGUUUGAUAUAAAACAAAAUUAAAAAAAAAAAAUAUGAAUAAAAAGUUUUUGAAAUUUCGUAAUCUUUUGUCAAGCAUGUAAAACAUGAAAAUUAAUACUACACAAGUACAGAGGUAAAUUUUUGUUGUUAAUCUUUUUUACGGAAAUGAUUUUUCUUUAUAAAUGAAGACUUAGCUAUUUAAAAUUUCAGUUCUGCAAACUGUGAUUAAUCGUUGUUUAUAAGUAAAAUAUUGCUAUAACAAACGAAUAUUUAAUCGUAAACGCAGUCGUAAACCUCACUGACAUAAGGACCAAAGGCCGUAGCGGGAGGCGUAAAGCGCACGGCCAAGACGCGCGUGACGACAAACGGACGAUGUAGAAAAAGAGAAUCAUUACCCAUUUAGUAGACGAAUCAAAACUGGUGUGAGCGACUGAGCGUUUCAUCGCAGAGAAGAGACUAGAGAAAGAAGAGCAUAUCACUAAUAUGCGCUUUUUCCUCUAGUGUACGCCAAAACAAAAAUGGUCCCUACGUUUGACUUGGCUUAAAAAAUGUCAAAACAAAAGCAGCUUUUGUGGGAUAAGAUGUAGAAAAGAAAAGAGAACAAAAAUCUUAAAUCUGUAUCUAAAUUCCACUACGAAAUUACGAGAACUCUCCGUGUCAUUUAGAUAUCAAAUUUAAAAAGAGAAAAGAAGAGAGUGACAAGUGAUGAGAGUGCAUUGUUUGCUUCGAAUAUUAUUAGUACCUACAACCAUUUUAAUUUUGGCUUUUUAACCUUUUUUGCAAUUAAAUCAUACAAAAUCAGUGAUAAGGUGCGUUUUGUGAAGAGGGAUCCCGAAUCGAAUUUAAAUAUGCUAUUUCAAACCAUUUUAAUUCUUGGAUUCUUAUUUACGCUUUAAUCAAUUUAAAAAUACUUUUAUUAACUCCAAUUAUUGUGUAUACCUCAAGAGUCAACAUUGACAUGGAAAAUAUUUUCAUAUCUUCACACACAUUUUCUAUAGAUGUUAAAAACUAGUAUGUUUUAUUAGUUUUGUUUGUAUGAAAUAUUUUAUUUUAUUAUAUUUAAUUAGUUAACUGUUUAAAUAUCACUAAUCAUAUUUCUUGUCUAAUUUCCAUCUCUUAUUACAACUUCUUAUCACUUAUAAAACGCAUCAUCUUUCCUUUUUUUUGUUAGCACCAUAUCAUGAUCAUCAUCUAAUUUUAAAAUAGUUCUUAUCACUAUAUUGAAAAUUUGAGCGCAAAUAAGCUAAAGAAUAAAAAAGAAAAAUACAAGUUAAAUAAAACGUCAAAACAUCAAAAUAUGGUUUUUAGUAUAAAAUGUGAAAAGAAAUAUGAGAACCAUAAAACGUUAACAUGUUUUUUUGGGGGGUCAAAUGUAUAAAUAAUUGAAAACAAUAGCAAGUCAAGUGCUCUCUCUUUUCCACCCAUCGAUUCCUCUCGGACACUGCCCAAUACAUCCAUGCUCUCUCUCUCUCUUUCGACAAAGAAAAAGUCAGCGCCGUCCUUUACGCCAUAGUUUGUCUCCUUCUCUCUUCUCUCUCCUCACCAACAGAGUCAAAAAAAGAAACCAAAGAGAUCAUCAACCAUGUCUGAGGAUUGGGAUCUCUUCGCCGUUGUCCGAAGCUGCAGCUCUUCUGUUUCCACGGCUACUAUAAACACCAACUCUCGAGGUGGUGACGAGGGAAGAGCGAACUGCAAGCAACACGAUCUUCCUCCUCUGUUCCAACACAUCCAUGGAGACAUAAGCAGAGAGUCUUCUUCUUGCAACGAGCUACAAGAUUCUUGCAAACCCUUUUUACCCGUUACCACUACUUGGUCUUCUCCUCUUCCUCCUCCUCCUGUAGUUUCAUCAGCUCCUAAUAUCUUAAUGAAACAAGAACAAGGGCUCAUCGAAUCACAAGAUCAGAAACCUCCUCUUGGUACUAGGGUUUUCCCACCUCCCACAACCAUUUCUUCUUCCUCUUCUGUCUUUGUUUUCAGAGGUCAACGUGACCACCUUCUUCAACAACAACCCCAAGCUCCUCUUCGAUCUAGAAAAAGAAAAAAUCAGCAAAAGAGAACCAUAUGUCAUGUAACUCAAGAAAAUCUCUCUUCGGAUAUGUGGGCAUGGCGUAAAUACGGUCAAAAACCAAUCAAAGGCUCUCCUUAUCCAAGGAAUUAUUACAGAUGCAGUAGCUCAAAAGGAUGUUUAGCUCGAAAGCAAGUUGAAAGAAGCAACUUGGACCCGAACAUCUUCAUCGUUACUUACACCGGAGAACACACUCAUCCUCGCCCUACUCACCGGAACUCUCUCGCCGGCAGUACUCGCAACAAAUCUCAACCCGUUAACCCGCCUCCGAAACCCGACCACCCCUCGGGUCAAACAGUUUCUGGAGUAAAAGAAGAGAUUCAUCUUUCUCCGACUACACCGUUGAAAGAAAACGACGACGUUCAAGGAACAAACGGAGAGGAAGUAGUCAACAUGGAAGAAGACGAAGAGUUAGAUGAAGAGGAAGAUGAUGAUGAUGACGUGGAUGAUCUUUUGAUACCGAAUUUCUCGGUGAGAGAUCGAGAUGAUUUGUUCUUCGCUGGAAACUUUCCCUCUUGGUCCGCCGGGUCCGCCGGGGACGGUGGUGGAUGAUGAAAACGAAUAUAUUCUCAUUUUUUAAGAAGAAGACCGAAAACAACAUUACGUUCUCAUUACAUGGUAUGUAAAGCCUGAUCUUUCGAUCUCACUCCAUCCAUUCUACCUCUGUUUGAUACUAAUGUGAAAGUAUUUGAAAAUGCAAAUGAAGCUCUAUUUGAUACUACCAUAGAACGGGCAAAGUUGGAAGAGGAGGCAUGGAGAAGAGAAAAUGACUGAGAGAAAGUGGAAGCACCUGCAAGGGAAAGAUGAUGAGAGUUAGGAGCUUCUCAAUCAAUGUAUAUCCCAGUGUAUCACUUGGAUUAUUGGCAUGCUUCGAAUCCCUUAGUACACAUGAAUUGGGGCUAUCAGCGAUGUAAUUUGUCAACUGGCUCUGAAUGGAUUAAGACGCACAUUCUAAGCUCAGUAAAAAAUAAAAACAGAAAGUUGUACACACAUUCUAAUCUCAGUGAAAAAGAAAACCGAAUUUGCUAACAUUGAAAUAACGUCCAUUUAAUUAAGCUCUAAGCAUGUUUGAAAUCACGUUCAUUGUUUCUGUUGGAAUUUAAUUAAUUAAAGGAAGCAACGUUGAUUAAAAGAUACUGCUUGAAUUAACAUAUGAGUUGAUUAAAGGCACUACUUGAAUCAUUAUAUAAAGUGAUCAAGUGCAAUACCAGAAAGAGAGAGAAUAGAAAAAAUUAUUGAGAAUCAAUUGGUUUUGAUCUUCUUCUUUUCCAUAAUAAGUUUUCGAAGAAAAACUCAAAGUAAAAUUUGCUAGGGUCUCGAUAUAGGUGUGUUGUACGGAAAUCGAUAGUUGUAUCCUCAAGAUAGACACCUACGAAACUAUACACACCAUUGUAGGGGAGAAAUUCUGUCUUAUGAGAUUACUUAGGUAAGUCUCUAUCAAAUCAUAAUUGGUUAAGUUACAAGAAGAAAAAACAUAAUUAUCUGGGAACUUUUUAUAAAGGUUUAUAAAUCGAGUAAAAUUUAUAAAAGUUUAUAAACUCAAAUGUAUUGAGUAAGCAAGAUUGAUUUGCAUCUGUACUUUGGUUUAACAGUUUCUGAUAUAAAUCUCGAAUACGUUAUUAUUGAAUAAAACUAAUACAAACCAAUUGAGUUAAUCUUGAAAGUCUUUUUGUUUGUCCACAUCGUGACAAAUAAAAUUGUUUGGUUACAAACUUACAGUAGGGUUCAGUAGGCGUUCACGGGCGACUAGACAAUGAGCAAGUCCGUGAACACAAUAUUCGAAAGAUUGAAAUCAAAUAUUUUAAUAUGCAUGCAUCUAUAUAGCUAUCAUUAUUUGCAUGUACAUUAUACUCAUGACUACUCUUCCACUUGGGACUAUAUUUCAAGGAAUCAAACAAGAAAAAAGUAACAUUUAACUUUGGAUAGCAACGUGACCAAAAUGAACUGUUCCAACUUUUCAAAUAAUAAUUUUCUUACAAAAAUAAAUGUAACGUGGAAAGAGUCAACUAUACCAAUACUAACACUUCAAACGUGUACAAGUUCUAGGAAUGUUUAAAAUUAUAGAUAAGGGUUAUAUAUUGCAAAUAUUUUGCAUUUCUGUUUUGUUAUCUACUAUUUAGUCUCAUACUACCAAAUUAAAUCCAAACUGUAAUACAGUAACUUUACUAAUACAACUCGCGAGGCUAUAUAUAUAUAUCUGUGUUUUAGUCAAAGAUUUUACAUUUUAUUCGUAAAAUUAGGAAAAUAAACUGAAUAGUAAAGAGAAAAUAGAGAUGGAGACCCGUGAAGACCAAAGUUUGUCUCCAAGCUAAUGAGUUAACCGAAGCGACUCUUCCAUGCCAGUAGCCACGAUUUAUCACCUAUACCCACUCAACCCUAGCACAAGGCCGUAAGCUCCACUUGUCAUUUAGCUUUAUAGAAGACGAUGCUCGUGAUAUGUAGUCUCCAAAUACAAAACAAGCCACAAGGUGGUGAAGAAUAUAUAUUACCUUCAGAAAAUAAUAGCCCUUUUCAAUAAAAACACUACUUAAGACGAAUUAUAGUAAUUUGAACAAAUGUUGAUGAGUCAAUGUAUGGUACUUAUUCCGUGUUCUUUUGAUAUAAAUAUCCAAAAUAUUAUGUAUACACAUAACUAUUAGUGAAAUUUUAUCCCAAGAUAUUUCUUAAAAACUAUUCUGAACAAAUAAAAAGAAGAGAAAGAAAUCGACAGGUCUAAAAACGUUGAAUAUGACCUCUCAUGUCACGUAUGUGACAUGUCUCCACAUAGCAAACACCUAUUAGCAUUGAAAUGAAAGAGAGGAAUAUAUCGAAUGAUUAAUCUCGAAUUCGUAUUUCUAAGAAAGAGACUAUAUAACAGUUCCAAGAUUAUUAUUGAUCGAUACGAAGAUUUUUUUCAAAAGGUUGAUCAGUAUGGAUAAUAAAUUUACAACAA